AUGUGGAUAUUGUUAGUUGUCGCAGGCGUAGCACUAGCUGACCCAAUACCUCCUCAGUGGCCUAACACUUUUACCCAAGUAUUUAACGAAACUUUUGCUACAGGCAGCUAUGGAAACCAAACCACAACUGGAACUUUAUAUUAUGACUGGACCACCAAAAGCACUCGCAUCGACAGAGCUAAUGGAAGGUAUGAUGCAUUUUGUGGGCUAAAUGGGUUCAAAAUCCUUGUUGAUGGCCCAUGCUCACAUAUUGUCGUCAAUGGAAACAGAUAUCUCUAUUAUCCUAAAGACCACUAUUGUUGCUAUUGCUGCAAUUCAGCACAAGGAUGUGGAUCACUAAAUCCUACUUGGAUGGACAAUGAAAUAAUUAAAAAUAUGGCGUCUCCACCUGGCAUGGCCUCUGACCACGCAGCUUCCGAGCGCAUAUUUUAAUUAUAUCCGGCAAGGUUUUACCAAGCUGGAAAUGGGCAGUUAUGCUAGAUAAGUAAUUCCCGUGUGUGUAGGGAGCCUAGCCCUUGUCCUUUUUCUGGUUUAGGUUUUGCCUCGAGGACAAAGGAGGCUUGUAGUUGGAAAAGGUGUUGCCCAGCAAAUCCUUUGGACCAUUCGGGCACUGCACUACCGUGAAACCAGGGGUUACGGCCUGGGCUACAAGUUAGAACUUUUGCUGAAAGUCGGCCAGAAAAUCCAUUUUUUCGAUUUUCUGUGCAGGCAACCUCGCUGUGCAGCUUGAAGCAAGUUCCCGGGAACCCAAAGUCUGCCCACUCAAGACUGGAGCCAUCGCGGAAUGGCAAGGAGGAGAGACGGAGGAAACCGGUAGGAAGUACGCGUCCCGAGAGCGGAUGAAUCCCCUGGCGGGGGAUCCUUGGUAACCGAGCUAACAAAGCGGGCCUCGACUAACCGCCAUAAUAAGUUAAUAAGUUAAUAAGUAAGUAAGUAACUAAGUAAGUAACUCCCCCCCCCUCCGUGAGUGAACAAAACCAUUAGAAAAAUCGCCAUUUUUUUGCCCAAAAACCCACCCUCUGUGAGUGAACAAAAAUGCUUUUAAUAGAAAAUUUUUUAUAUGGAAAAAAAUUUUGAUAUAUAAAUGAUAAUUAGUAUAAUGAAAUCUAGAGCUAAUUCUAUUUAAUUUUGAACGAAUUGCUUUUUAAAACAUAAAUUUUAUAAAUUAAAUUAAUAUUUGCUUUCCAAUUUUUGCGAAUUAGGAUUUUUUUAAAUUUCGAAAAAAAAUAUUUUUUAUAAAAUUUAUAUAUAAAUUUUUUUUUAAAAAAAAAAAAUUAACCCCCUCGUGAGUGAACAAAAUUUUUUUGUUCACUCACGGAGGGGGGGGGGAGUAAGUAACUAAGUAAGGAUGGACAAUGGAACAUUUUUAGGGACUGCUCCUCACAACGGAGUGAAUGCUUAUGGCUGGCUUAGAACUCUUCAACAGGACAGAUAUUAUUAUGAAACAGCUGCAACUCAGCCAAGCGCAAGAGUCAUGCUUACUCCCCCUCCGUGAGUGAACAAAACCAUUAGAAAAAAAUCGCUAUUUUUUGCCCAAAACCCACCCUCCGUGAGUGAACAAAAAUUUUUUAAUACAAAAAUCACAAUAUUAAAAUGGCAGUAAUGAGAUAGGUCCUACUGACCUGCUCUGCAGGUGAGGACCUAUACUCGAAACUUAGUGAAAGAGGUCAAUUCUCCUGAGAGUCUCGAGUGAAGUGGAGAGGUCAGUGCUGAGUCUGGCACUGAUCAGAGAAGUCUAUGCGGACUUGAUAACAUUAACAGUUCGACGGUAAGGAAGGUCCACCUACCGUUGUUCAGAGCUGUUAAUCAAAUUGGACCUCAAGCACGGAGACUGGAUAGAAAGAGAUUUCAUUUAAAAGUAAACUUAAACUUAAAUACAAAAAAUUUUUUAUAGAAAAAAAUUUUGAUAUAUAAGUGAUAAUUAUUAUAAUGAAAUCUAGAGAUCAUUUUGUUUAAUUGCUUCUUAAAACAUAAAUUUUAUAAAUUAAAUAAAUAUUUGCUUCCCAAUUUUUGUAAAUUAGGAUUUUUUUAAAAUUUCGAAAAAAAAAUUUUUUCUAUAAAAUUUAUAUCUAAAUUUUUUAAAAAAAAUUAACCCUCCUUCGUGAGUGAACAAAAUUUUUUUUGUUCACUCACGGAGAGGGGGAGUUAGUAUUUACGAAAUGGGUGGAGAUUUCAAAGAUUUCCAUGCUAUUACUUACAGCGUUCCAUCUGGUAUUUUUGACCUUCCUAAGGAGUGCAAUAUUAAGCUAAAGUGCCCAGAAACUUCGGUUUGUUCACAGCUAGGUGAAACAGAAUCUGAAGAAGAAAGACCAGUCUUUUUUUAA